AUGUCUUCUUUGCUUCCAAUUAGCACAUACAACUUGGCUCUUGAGCCUUUCAACCCUACUCCAGCUUUGGACGAUGAGUUCCCUGUCACCGUCAGAUUGACCAUGGCAGCUGUGGACCCAGAAGCUGUCGAUGACAAGGAAGAACCUUCCGUUAUCAGAAUCUUGAAGAGAUCGAGAGCUUUCAUUGAUGACGAUGAAGACGACUUGGAGGCGGAAGAGGCCGAUGAGUUGGACUCCGACGAAGAAGAGGAAGAGGAGGAGGAAGAGGAAAAGCCAGCCAAGUCCAAGAAGUCUUCUAAGGCUAAGAAGGACGAAGAUGACGAAGAAGAUGAUGAAGAAGAGGAUGAUGAGGAGGACAGCGACAUUGAAGAUGAUGAGGAAAUUGAGGAGUUCAUCCUUUGUACUCUUUCCCCUAAAGUCCAGUUCCAACAGACUCUCGACUUCACCAUUUCCCCAUAUGAAGAGGUGCACUUUGUUGUCACUGGAUCUUACCCAGUGCACUUGAGUGGUAACUUUGUCGAACACCCAGGUGACGACGAAGAUGACUACGACUCGGAUGAGCUUGAUGACGAGUACUAUGAAGAUGACGAAGACGAGUACAACUUGACUCCAGAUGAAGAUGAGCUCAUGGACAUUGAGGACUUGGAGGACGCCUCUGAUGUCGAGGGUAAGAUCACCGAGUUGGUUGAAGCCGACGAGGAGAAGUCGAAGAAGAGAGCUGCUGAGGAGGAAAACUCUCCUAAGGCCAAGAAAGCCAAGGAAGACAAGAAGAAAGUCCAAUUCUCCAAAGAAUUAGAACAAGGUCCUACACCUUCCAAGAAGGAAAAGAAGGACAAGAAGGAAAAGAAGGAGAAGAAGGAGAAGAAGGAGAAGAAGGAAGAAAAGGUUGAAGAGAAGAAGGAGGACAAGAAGGAGGAAAAGGCUGACAAGGCCAAGAAGUUCCCUACUAAGACUUUGUUGGGCGGUGUCAUCACCGAAGACAGAAAAAUUGGAAGCGGCCAGGGCGCAAAAUCUGGUAACAAGGUUGGUAUCAGAUACAUUGGUAAGUUGAAGAACGGAAAGGUAUUCGACAAGAACACCUCCGGCAAGCCAUUUGUCUUCAACUUGGGUAAGGGUGAAUGUAUCAAGGGUUUCGACUUGGGUGUUGCUGGUAUGGCUGUUGGAGGCGAGAGAAGAGUCAUCAUUCCACCUAAGAUGGGUUACGGCUCUCAAGCUUUGCCUGGCAUUCCAGCCAACUCCGAAUUGACUUUCGACAUUAAGUUGGUUUCCCUCAAAUAA